AUGCUCCACGGCGGCGGCCACGCCCACAACUCCGGCAACAGGUGGUUCGACAAAACGGUCCAGCUCAUCAUCUCCGGCGACGGCGCAUGCGGCCUCUGCUACGAGCACUCCAACGCUGAGGGCGUGGCCGUGAUCCGAUUGGUGGAGGAGCUGUGGAGGCGGGCCGAUCAACAGGUGGGCGGACAAGUCGAGGUGCCUGCCUCCGGAGGUCAUUUGCCGCCCCCGGAGAGGAUGGAGUGGGGGCUGGAGACGCGGGACGUGAGGAGGAUCGAGGAGGCGGGGCAGGUGCUGGAUGGGCUGGUCAAGGAUCUAGAUUUCCAGGUAUUCAGGUUCACUGGAUACGGGAAGAACUUCAUCAAGUCAUGCAAAGUCAGCCCCGACGUGUUCAUCCAACUAGCCUUACAAUUAGCCUACUACAAACUGUACGGAAGAUUGACAGCGACAUACGAAAGUGCAUCAACCAGGAGGUUCCGGUACGGCAGGGUGGACUGCAUUAGAUCGGCUACACCAGAAGCCCUAGCUUGGGAAGCCGUAUCGGCCCAAACCACCGAAAUGGUCGACAACAUCCUCGGACAAGGCAUCGACAUCCACCUCCUAGGUCUGCGGGAGGCUGCCAGAGAAACCUCCCCCACAGCUGCCAGCCCCCUGCCGACGAUCUUCACCGAUCCCUCCUACCGGCUAGCCAACAAGUUCCUCCUCACCACCAGCCAGAUCUCGACCAGUUCAGACAGUUUCAUGGGCUACGGGCCAGUAGAAGAGGAUGGGUAUGGGGCCUCUUAUGACCCCAAAGGUGAUGGAAUCAUCUUCUGUUUAUCAGCGUUCUGGUCCUCUGAAAGCACCAGCUCUUCUAAAUUCGCGCAGUCUCUGGAAGAGAGUUUGAUAGCCAUGCAGAGUCUCUUGAAGAAACCUACUUCAGACAGUUUCAUGGGGUACGGGCCAGUAGAAGAGGAUGGGUAUGGGGCCUCUUAUGACCCCAAAGGUGAUGGAAUCAUCUUCUGUUUGUCUGCGUUCUGGUCUUCUGAAAGCACCAGCUCUUCUAAAUUCGCGCAGUCUCUGGAAGAGAGUUUGAUAGCCAUGCAGAGUCUCUUGAAGAAACCUACUUCAGACAGUUUCAUGGGCUACGGGCCAGUAGAAGAGGAUGGGUAUGGGGCCUCUUAUGACCCCAAAGGUGAUGGAAUCAUCUUCUGUUUGUCUGCGUUCUGGUCUUCUGAAAGCACCAGCUCUUCUAAAUUCGCGCAGUCUCUGGAAGAGAGUUUGAUAGCCAUGCAGAGUCUCUUGAAGAAACCUACUUAUCAAAACAACUACGGAAUAUGCCAUAUGAUGAGAGUUUGGUUGAUGCAUACCCACUGCUACUGGUCACUUGCCAAAGAUCCCUCCUACCAGCUAGCCAACAAGUUCCUCCUCACCACUAGCCAGAUCUCGAUCAGCUCAGACAGUUUCAUGGGCUACAGGCCAGUAGAAGAGGAUGGAUAUGGGACCUCUGAUGACCCCAAAGCAAUCAAGUUCCUCCCCACCACCAGCCAGAUCUCGACCAGCUCAGACAGUUUCAUGGGCUACGGGCCAGUAGAAGAGGAUGAGUAUGGGGCCUCUUAUGACCCCAAAGGUGAUGGAAUCAUCUUCUGUUUGUCUGCGCUCUGGAAUUUUGAAAGCACCAGCUCUUCUAAAUUCGCGCAAUCUCUAGAAGAGAGUUUGAUGGCGAUGCAGAGUCUCUUGAAGAAACCUACGUGA